UGUCUCCGUUGGUGCAGCGAGGACGGCGAAGGCAUCGAGCGAAGGGUGGCGUCUUCGCCUUCGCCCCAACAUUUUCCCUCCGAGGGACCAGUUCGACUAAGUCAUCUGGUGCCGAAGACGUCGCUAGAUGGCAGAGACGCUGCCCUCGCUCGAAGUGGUUCCGCGGGGGUUUUUGACAUGACCGUUGAUUGACGCCGUACUGUUGGAUUGGGGGUUUCCCGAAGCGCCGCGCCCUGUGUAUAAAAGGGGGCGAGGGGCGGCACAUUUUGAACUUUAUCUUUCCACGCUCCGCGAAAACCCUAACUGCCUUCUCAAACCGCUCGCCGCUCGUCUGCCCUCCAUGCACUUGCUCGUCGGAGAUCUGGCCCGUGUGAAGCAGACCGUCCGCCGCCGCCGACGGUACGUAGCGAUGCCGUCCUCUUCUUCUUCUGCUACCGCUACGCCGCCGGCCGAUGCGUCGUCUGAGGAGACGCUGGGCAAUUUGGCGGCAGAGGAGUUGCGCGCCGGCGACACGGUCGAUUUCGACGCAUCGCGGAUGUCCUCGGUUCGCGUGCAAGACAUGCAGCAGCUUGGUUAUUUUGGCGGCGGGGUGGCACGUGUCCCGGGGGCGGAGGAGGUCCCCGAGCCAGAAGGCGAGUUGGUUGACUUCGAGGCGUUCUUCGCCGCUGGUCUUCGUCUGCCCGCGCAUCGAUUCGUGGGAGAAGUCCUGCGCAGAUUCAACGUCCAGGUCCACCAGCUGACGCCGAAUGCCGUGGUGGCCCUGUCAAAAUAUGUCUGGGCAAUGACUUCGUACGGCGAGCAGCCAUCGGUCGAAGUCUUCGUGAAGUAUUAUUGUCUACAUUGGCAGAAAAGGAUGAUCGGAAAUAAGAUUGCUCAAUUUGGGUCCUGUACAUUUACGCCGAAGACCGGCAAGACUUCGAUGGAAGUCAUUGAGUUGGUUCCUUGCGCCCGCAAUAAAUGGGGCAACUGGUAUGAGUUUUGGUUCUACGUUGUCGAGGGCACAGUCGAAGACCAUCCGGGGCUCCCCGUGGCCGAGAUGUGCUCGCAUUAUUACUCAGCAUACCCGCAGUUUGAAGUGGCAGAGGAGGAUGCGGACGAAGGGGCCCUGCGGUGCGCGGCCGGCCUGAGUAGCGGGCGCGAUCUGGUUGAGGAGUUUGUCGCGUAUGGGGUGUGGCCCUUGGCGCGUGGCUGGACGCUGGGCGAAGUAUGCCCUCGCUAGAUGCCUUCCUGUGGUGGGAUGCUGGUGCGAAGUCCCGCCUUCGCACUGGAUUUGCAUAGCCGCGAUCCCGCCGCAUUCGUGCGUGAGGCGGAGGAUGGGGCGGUGCGGAUUGUUGGUCGGUACGUGCCGAAGACGGAGGGCCAGCGUAGCUGGGAUAUACGUGGGUCCAACGAUCGCUUGAAUAGGGUCUUCGAGUUGAACCGUCUGCCGUAUGGCGGUUAUCCCGGGCAAGACGAUGUCGACCGUCGCGGGAAGAAACCGGCGGCAGAGACUGGAGACGACCCCGCGCCGGCGGCCGCCCCAUCCUCUGAGAAGAGGAAGCUAGGUACUGCUACG